AUGAAUAACCAAGGAGUCCCAGUCAAUCUUAUAGGAGAAAAUAUAGGUGAUGUAGUUGGGUUGCUGCCUCCGAGGGUUGAUGAUGAGAAUAAUCAGGUUCAAGCUGAGAAUCUACUCGGAGAUGCAUUGAGGGUACAUGAUCCACCAGGACCAAGACUGCGUGAUAACUAUAGGAUGCAUACAACGAGGGGUUUGUUUGUUGGUUUGGUAUCGGAGGAGCCAUAUGCUCACGUAGCCAUGAUAAGCAGUGUUUGCAAAAGUUGUGUGAGUCGACCGGACUUGGACAUAGAUGUCAUUGGAUUGCGAGUAUUCCCUCUAUCAUUGACCGGUGAUGCUGCUGUGUGGUUUACUAAGCUUCCUUAUAACUCAAUCUACACAUGGGAAAAAUUAACUGAGGUGUUCUUGGCAAGAUACUUUCCCGUGUCAAAGAAGUUGUACCACAAAGAUAAACUCAACAACUUCGUAGCACUACCUGGAGAGUAUGUGAGUAGUUUUUGGGACAUGUUCACUACUUUCAUAAGAGGCAUUCUGAAUCACCGCAUUGAUGAUGAAUUGUUGAAGGAAUACUUCUACCGAGGUCAGGAUGACAAUAAUAAGGCGGUGCUUGAUACUAUCGCUAAAGGUUCAUAUGUCCAAGCUAUAACUAACCAAUCUGCCGAUGAUAUUCGUGAGGAGAUGGCUCAGAUGAGGACCGAACUGGGGUUGGUGUUGAAGCAUGUAAGCGAAGAUACUGAAAAGACGGGGGGUUUUAGAGCCCAAGGUUCCAAUAUGGAUAAUUGGCGCCAAGGUCAAGGAAACCAAGGUUGGAACUAUGGCAACUACAAUCGAAAGGGUCAUUAUGUCCGGGAUAGGAACUACAAUCGCGACAACAACUACAACCGAAACAACUCUGGCAACAGAAACAAUCGGGUUGGGCCUUAUGUACCUCCUCAAAAUCGGGAAUCUGGUAAUAAGGAAGUUGGAGGUAAUAUGUCACUUAUUGAGGAUAUGAUGCAGAUGAUGAUGAAUAGCAACACCAUCCAAAAUCCAAAGAAUGAUGGGCAUUGCAUGACAGUCACUACUCGAGGGGGUAAGCAGACCAUUGAUCCACCUAUGCCGUCUGGGGUUGAAGUUGAGGCUAGUCAAAAUGAUGAUGUGAUUGAGGUAAAUGGAGAGUCUGAGAAUGCGACAGAGAAGGAAGCAGAGAUAACUCAGAAAGGUGUUCCGAUGCCUAGACCUCCACCUCCUUUCCCACAGAGGUUAGUAAAGAAGACUGAAGAAGGCAAAUAUCUCAGGUUUAUUAGUAUGUUGAAGCCGCUUUCCAUCAAUGUGCCGUUGAUAGAAGCUUUGGAGAAACUGUCUGGGUAUGCGAAGUUUAUGAAGGACUUGGUGACUAAAAAGCGGGCCGUGAGUUUUGAGGAUGAUGAUAAGUUGCAACAUUGUACUGCUAUUGCUACAAGGUCCCUUGUGCAAAAGAAUGAGGAUCCUGGGGCCUUCACUAUUCCUUGUACCAUUAGGUUGCUACAUUUUGCAAAGGCGUUACGCGAUAUGGGUGGUAGUAUCAAUUGA